AUGGGCCUGAGCGCUGCUGUGUUCUAUGGCAAGUCAGCGGACAACACUCUAGUCCUAAAGUUCCCUAUUGUUGCGGCAACUUCGGUUUGUGAUUGGCGCAACGAGACCGAUUCACUCAUGGACAGACAGGCCAUCUCGCCGGGUUUUGCAAGACCGAGGCUGGCGAUUUGCCGCGAAACGGCCGUCAUCGAAAAUGGCGGAGAAGAAAGCGUGAAGGUCUGGUCGUUUGAAACCAGAACAGAGCCUGAGCUUUUUGAACCGGGUUUGACGCGCUUGUUUUGGCUGAACCCUUUGACCCCCUUCGGCACAGGAAAGUUUGCAAGACCCAGGAAUCCUAACAGUCGUCGACUCGAGAGAAAAUCGAGGAGAGUCGACAGGAUUGUUGUCGCUCAACGGCGGACUCGUGACCAGCCGCAGUCGAGUGGGUUCAAUGUCGGCGGUAGGGAGUUCGGGCCAGGGGGUGUCCAGCGUUCAACAUUCAGCCACUUCAACGCCUCGGAGGUGGGGCAUAAACUGGUAUUCACAUUACGCACGUUCACGGUACCGUUCAUGCCGCCUGCCUUGCUCCUGCCGGGAAUGUACUCCGUAGCUGGUCGUCUGUUGAAACGUAAAUCAAAUCUCCCAGUGGAUCAUAAGCACGCAGACGCAGACCAAUCCGAUGUAAGGGAAUGCAGCCCUGGGGCUUUUAGGGAACAUGGCGGAGGCCGAGGGCAACAGACAUUUCACCAACCGCCCACUGGGUCAUCUGCCCGCCACAUUCGCUGGAAUGAGUUGGGAAGCAACGUCAAGAAACGACCUCGCAUGGCGCGUCAACUGGUCGUGACCGACCCAAGAUUAAGACGCUUCACAUGUCCGGCGCGCCCGCCCCCCGCCUGCCUCUUCGAGGAGCCCCCCAGCCCUAACCGAGACCGUGUCUGCACCUAA